AGUACGACUCUAGUCGCUUUGCCGCUUGGAUCAGGCGCGUGUAAAGCGCUGGCCACACGGAGAGGGCGAGAGAGACACGGAGACGCUUAAAUCGAAAUAACUGAAGAGCCUAUGUCCAACUUCAUUAGACAUGUGGACCAAGUGAAUACAGUGUUUAGUGACGUUAUUAGUGAGCAGUCAGCGGAAAACCGUGGAAUUUGAUAGCACUCAAACAAUGGAUACCAAAACUUCGAUCUCAACGCACGAAUGGCAUAUUCCACGGCCGUCGUUGUCGGGUUGUAGCACACCAGGCAGCAUAGAUGCGCGGUCGCGUGGCGGCUCUGCCUCAAGUCAAGGCUCUUCUAGUAACCACAGCACACACAGUGCGUCAUCGGGCUCACUAUUAUUGAGUGCAGUACACUUGGCUCGCAUGAACGGCAAGAACACUGGCCAAGGCGAGUACGGCUAUCAAAAUAAAUCAAUUGGCUUUGGACGUAAGCCGCAAAUGACUAGCACUGUGAUGGCCAUUCCAGAAGAUUCCCGCGAAAUUACCGACAAGUUUUGGAACGACGUAAAGCGGGGAUCCUCAUCUGGGCAAGACGUUGCAUCGGUCGCUAGCUCAACUCACUUCACAGUAGUGAAUGGAUUCACGAAGCAACGAUCCGACAAAGAGCCGAAGUCUUGUUGUUGUAAUCACUCCCACCAGAUCACUGUGCUAGUCAUAUCAAUGACUAUACUGCUCUCCGCAUGUAUCCUUGCGGCUAUUUGCUUUGUUGAAAUGAGAAUGCGUAAGGAGACCGGCAUCUACAGAUAUUCUUAAGUUUACUGCCAACUAUCGAGUCGCGAAAGUAUUUAGUUAAUAUUAUAUAUUAGAAUUGAUAAUUUCUAAUAUAUAAUAUUAAGUAAACGCGUAAAUAUGUAAUCCACAAAACUACAAUGUAUAUGAAAGUUAUAGAAAAGUUUAAAAGCAAAAUAACUCUUAAAACUUCUUAACGUAAGAGCACGUUCAAGUAAAGAUGCUGUCAAAAGUGCAAUAAAUAAUUAACCAGUUUAAAAUUCGAACAAAGUAGAUUAUUAGUUACGUAAGUUAACAAUUAUUUAUUUUCAAUGCUCAAAAUUGUAACCAGUAAUAUUGUACAUUCAACGUGUAUUGUGACGUGACUGUGAUGUUUAUCGUUUCUAGUACAAUAAUAAAACGUAGAUUCCAGUAGAUUCAAAUCUUUUAAGUAAUGUUUGACAUUUUUGCAAAUUGAUGUGUAAUAUAUUAAUCUUAGUGUUUUUAUUUAUGAUUAUUUAAUUAAUUACUAGUAUUAUUGCAGAACAAUCCAAGUAAUGUUGUGUAUGAUGUACAUUAAUGUAAGAAUAAAGAAUAAAAUAUGUGUAUUUUUGUAUACCUUAUGAAAAUGUACAUAUAUUUUUAAUUAAAUGUAGUUUGUAACUUACUUCGCUGCUAAUAGUUAUAUAGAAUUGUAAAAAAUAAAGAGGUAGCAUAAUUUGGAAGGACUGUGAUAAUUGAACACAAAUAAAUAUACUUACCUUGUAUUGUUUUCAAUAUUCAAUACUAAUAAACGUGUACCUACA